GCGGGGCUUGUUCGGCCAGGCAGAGCCUCGAGCACCUGCGGAGGUCCGGUGAAGAGGAGGAAGAGGAAGAAGAGGAGAGACUAAAUAAACUCGAACACCAACUCAGUGUAAACAUGAGGAUAUAUUUGACAGCCUCUUUAAUUUUAGCCCUGGGAUUAAUUCAUCCGGUUAAUCUGUCGUUUUCUGCCCUUCCUGAAGACCUGGAGGGAUCCGGAUAUGACCUGGACACUUAUGGUUCCGGUUCAGGGGACUGGUCAGAACAAGGUGAGAUGAAAAACAACAAGGAGGAGGAGGAGGGUCACUCCAACAGCCAAGAUGUCAGAAUUCUUGCAGCAAAAGGCGGAGGUGGAACCCAGAAUACUUUCCAUGGUUCUUCAGUCCCGAGGUUUGACAAUACGCACGGGCCUGCAGAAGACAGCAGAUCAGGGUUUGUUGUCUUGGCAAACAGCAAGCAGUUCUUGGAGAGUAAAGACGUCUUAGCCGGUGUUAUUGCUGGAGCAGUAAUAGGGGUGACGCUCGCGGUCGCACUGGCAGCGAUAUUAAUCUACAAAUGGCAUAAGGAAGAUGAUGGAGGAUACAUCCUGGGCGAGCAGAGUGACGAAGAUUAUCACAAACCCAACAGAGAAGAAGUGGUUGUUUAACCGAACACACUUGUACUUGUACUCAAUGAUGUUUGUUUUCUAAACUGGUGUUUAACUGGGGAAUAUUUGAUUGAUAAUUUAUUUAUGUUUAUCAUAAAAGAAAUGAAGGAUUGUCUAUUCCGUUGCCUCUCUUUUACAAAGCCUUACAAAGUUUGGGCUCAUGCCUAUUUAGACCUCUUCUCAGGACAGUGUGAGUGUGUACAGAAGAUGCUUCAUGUCACAGAAGGAGAAGCACAGGUGUACAUAAUACGUUGAGCAAUGGCUGGAUACAAUUUGGCUGCUUCAGUUUCAGAGUGCUGAUGUCGUCCAUGCUCGCUCACUGUCACAUUGUCGUGGCUUCCUGGGACCUUUGAGUAGAACAGAGAAAAUUAAAAUUAUUUGAUCCACUUUGUUAAUGUGAUUCCCCAAUUACAGUUAAAUAAACCACGUGAUCUGAGAUAUGAAUAAAGAAUCUGAUGGAAACUCAUUCCAGGGCGUAUAUUAAAUAUAAAUGACAAUUAUUAGGUAAUUAUAGUCAGCUGCUACAAUGUAACACAUUUUCUUGUCUUGAUAUGUGUCAUGAAAUGAUAUUUGCUAUUUUUGUAUGCUGUAAUUGUUAAUAAAUUAGCUUUAUUACCAUUUUAAA